AUGGAGCGGGGCAGCAGACCCUUGGAGGACUUCCCUCUCAACGUGUUCUCGGUCACUCCUUACACACCCAGUACGGCGGACAUCCAGGUGUCCGACGAUGACAAGGCAGGGGCCACCUUGCUCUUCUCAGGCGUCUUCCUGGGACUGGUGGGGACCACGUUCACCGUCAUGGGCUGGAUCAAAUACCAAGGGGUCUCCCACUUUGAAUGGACCCAGCUCCUUGGGCCCAUCCUGCUGUCGGUCGGGGUGACAUUCAUCCUGAUUGCCGUGUGCAAGUUCCAAAUGCUUUCCUGUCAGUUGUGCAAGGAACGCGAGGAAAGGGUCCUUGACUCGGAGCCGACGGCAGGAGGACAGUCGUUUGUUUUCACUGGUAUCAACCAGCCCAUCACCUUCCACGGGGCUACUGUGGUGCAGUAUAUCCCUCCCCCUUACGGCUCUCAGGAGCCCACUGGGGUGAACCCCACCUAUCUGCAGCCAGGGGUGAACCCCUGUUGUCUCUCACCACCUGGCGUGGUGGCCGCUGUCCCUCCGAGCCCUCCUCAGUACUACACCAUCUACCCUUCAGAGAACCCCGCCUUUGUUGACGACCAGGACCGCCCUUCCUUCAUGGAUGGUGGACGUGACAGGUCCAGCCCUGGUGCUGAGCAGCUAGAAGAGACCCAGCGGGGAGGCGAGGACUCUGCCCGCUUCUCUCCUCCCCCCUAUGAGGAAAUAUUCUCCCUCCCUUGCUAG